CCUCAGCGGGUCAUGUGACGCGGAAGCCUGCUGCUGCCUGUCACCGGGGGAAGAUGGCGGCGCUCGGCUGCGGUUGCCGGGUGUUGCUGUGCGCCGCGCUCUUUGCGCUGGGAGUUAGCGCUCAAUACGCCGAGAAUAAAGCUGAACAUUUCUUCAGAAGCGGACACACAAACAACUGGGCGGUAUUAGUUUGCACCUCUCGAUUUUGGUUCAAUUACCGUCAUGUGGCGAACACGCUCUCUGUAUACAGAAGUGUUAAAAGGCUUGGAAUUCCUGACAGUCAUAUUAUCCUAAUGCUUGCGGACGACAUGGCGUGCAACCCCAGGAAUCCGAAACCAGCCACAGUUUUCAGCCAUAAAAACAUGGAGCUGAAUGUCUACGGAGAUAACGUGGAAGUCGACUACCGGGGCUAUGAGGUGACGGUAGAAAAUUUUCUAAGAGUCUUGACUGGCAGAUUACCGCCCAGCACACCUCGACUGAAGCGCCUCCUCUCUGACGACCGGAGUAAUAUUCUCAUCUAUAUGACUGGACAUGGUGGAAACGGUUUUCUGAAAUUCCAAGAUUCGGAAGAAAUCACCAAUGUUGAGCUCGCAGAUGCUUUUGAACAGAUGUGGCAGAAAAGAAGGUACAAUGAAUUGCUGUUUAUAAUUGAUACUUGUCAAGGAGCCUCCAUGUACGAGCGCUUUUAUUCACCGAACAUCAUCGCUCUCGCAAGCAGCCAAGUUGGAGAAGACUCUCUGUCUCACCAACCGGACAUGGCCAUCGGAGUUCACCUCAUGGACAGAUACACGUUUUAUGUCUUGGAAUUUUUGGAGGAAAUCCACCCUGCCAGUCAGAACAACAUGAACGAUCUGUUCCAAGUCUGUCCUAAGAGCCUCUGUGUUUCUACGCCCGGCCAUCGCACAGACCUCUUUCAGAGAGAACCGCAAACCGUUCUUAUUACUGAUUUCUUUGGCAGCGUCAGGAAAGUGGAGCUAACCGAGAAAACUGUGGUGCUGAAGCCCCAACGAGAGGAUGCACAGAAAAGGAUCUUCCCUGAGGAGUCGACGAUGACUGAACUGGCGACGUACGCCAACCAACUCCCUGUAUCACAAAUUAUACAUCAGAAACCAAGACCAAAGGAAUGGCACCCGCCUGGAGGAUUCAUCCUUGGACUAUGGGCGCUGAUUCUUCUCGUCUUCUUUAAAACCUAUGGCCUUAAACAUAUGAAGCAUGUGUUCUGAGAAGAGCUCAAUGACCACUGAGACUCAGGAAUGCUCUGCACUGAUAUUUCCCACCAUCCUGUCUGUGGCCUACUGUGGUUUCCUGUAUAAGUUUGGCAUGAGUCGUGCGAACUUAACAGAAAAGCCAAAAUAGCUAAGUUAGGAGACUUCUUCGAGUUUGAGGGCAACUAUUUUGUGGGCUGAGAUGUCCAUUAGAGAGGUGAGACCCAAUGUUUUGUGGGUGGAGCCAUACUUGACUGGCUAGGACCUGUUGAGCCUAUAAGAUGGCUGCUUUCAUUGUCUCUCUAAGACUCUCCCUUUAAGAAGACAAUCUGUAAUUGGCGUACAGUUAAAAAUACGUAAAUAAUUGUAUAAAAUAUAAUUGUAAUGCCCAGGCUUUAUUGGAAUUAGGGACAACUGAACAGAAAGUUGCUCUCUUGGCAAAAUGUAUUUUUUUUUUACCUUUCUUCACAUUUCCAAAGUGUUGGCAUGGUAUAUUGAGAGCUUUCUCAGCAGAAACAAAAAUAGAAAUAUUGAUUUAUCAUGCUAAGUACAGCAUUUCGGAUCAAUCCAGAACCCGAGGUAAUUAUGUAUCUAGGAACUGGUGAGCAAUUAGAAUUUAAAGCAAGACUUAGUAGCCCGUGGAAAACCUCCUUUGAUUUAUUCACUGCUCAUCAAACCAGAAUGUCCAGUGCGUUUUUGCCAUCUCAAGCAUUUUUAUUGCUCCUGUUUGCUUUUAGUGUUAUACUCUGGAAAUAUGAGCGUUUUCCAGUGCAGUUUGUAAAAAGUACCAGGUGAAAGAAAAUGCUGAGCAAGCAGGGAAAGAGCAAAACGCAAGGAGACAACCCAAGGACAGCAAAGUGCCGCUGUAUUAAUUCAUGAGCCACUGUUGCAUCUCACUUGGGCAGCUCGGAGACUGACACCUGGGGUAAUCCAUAUGACUUCCAUAUUGAGUACAAGGGAGGGUGGGGGGGAUAGUAAUUGCUCAUUCAUGACUUUGUGUUUCGUACAAAUAAAAUGG